AUGGCCGACAUUGACGUCGAAGAGGUCCUCAAAAACCUCAGCCUAGCCGAAAAGGUCGACUUGCUAUCAGGCAUCGACUUUUGGCACACCAAGUCCCUGCCCGAGCAUGGCAUCCCCUCUCUCCGCCUGACCGACGGCCCCAACGGCGUCCGCGGCACAAAGUUCUUCAACGGCGUGCCGGCCGCCUGCUUCCCCUGCGGCACCGCGCUGGGCGCCACCUUCAACCAGGACCUGCUCGAGGAGGCCGGCCGGACCAUGGGCGCCGAGGCCAUCGCGAAGAGCGCCCACGUCAUCCUCGGGCCCACCAUCAACAUGCAGCGCUCGCCCCUGGGCGGCCGCGGCUUCGAGUCCAUCGGCGAGGACCCCUUCCUGGCGGGCCUCGGCGCCGCGGCCCUCGUCCGCGGAAUCCAGAGCACAGGCGUCCAGGCCGCCAUCAAGCACUUCCUCUGCAAUGACCAGGAGGACAAGCGCCAGGGCGUGCAGGCCAUUGUCACGGAGCGCGCGCUGCGCGAGAUCUACGCCCUGCCCUUCCAGCUCGCCGUCCGCGACGCCCGUCCGGGGGCCUUCAUGACAGCCUACAACGGCAUCAACGGCACCAUGUGCAGUGAGAACGCAAAGUACAUUGACGGCAUGCUGCGCAAGGAGUGGGGCUGGGAUGGCCUCGUCAUGAGCGACUGGUUCGGCACGUACAGCACGACGCCGGCCGUCGUCGCCGGGCUCGACCUCGAGAUGCCGGGUCCGCCGCGCUUCCGCGGCGAGGCGCUCAAGUUCAACGCCUCCAACAACAAGCCCUUUGCGCACGUCAUCGACGAACGCGCCCGCAAGGUCCUCAAGCUCGUCAAGAAGUGCGCGCCGCUGAAGCUCGCGGAGAACGGGCCCGAGCGCGAGGCCAACACGCCCGAGACGGCCGCGCUGCUGCGCCGGAUCGGCACCGAAAGCAUCGUCCUGCUCAAGAACGAGGAAGGCGUGCUUCCCUUCAAGAAGGACAAGAAGACGCUCGUCAUUGGACCCAAUGCCAAAGUCGCGACCUACCAUGGCGGUGGCUCCGCCGCCCUGCCUGCCUACUACGCCGUUACGCCAUACGACGGCAUCGCGGAGAAGCUCGGCGAGCAGCCGGCAUACACUGUCGGCGCGUACACGCACCGUUUCCUCCCGCUGCUGGGCUCGCAGUGCACCGCGCCCAAUGGUAAAUCUGGCGUGCGGUGGAGGGUUUACAACGAGCCGCGCGACGCCUCCGCCCCGCGCGGUGAGCCCGUCGACGAGCUGUUCUUCUCCAAGACGGAGAUGCACCUCGUCGACUACAAUGUGCCGCGGGUCGGGGAUCUGUGGUUCGCCGACAUGGAGGGCGACAUCGUCGCCGACGAGGACUGCGAGUACGAGGUCGGCUGCGUCGUGUGCGGCACGGCGAGCAUCUUCGUCAACGACAAGCUCGUCGUGGACAACACGACGAAGCAGGUCGCCGGCGACAGCUUCUUCGGGCAGGGCACGAUCGAGGAACGCGGGCGUUUCCCCAUGACCAAGGGCCAGACGUACCACAUCCGCGUCGAGUUUGGGUCUGCACCCACGACCAAGCUCCGCAGCGACGCCUGCCCGCCCAAGAACGGCUCGCUGCGCGUCGGCGGCUGCAAGGUGCUCGACGCCGACGAUGAGGUGGCGCGCGCGGCGGCCCUCGCGGCGGAGCACGACCAGGUCGUCGUCUGCGCGGGUCUCAACUCGGACUGGGAGACGGAGGGCGCCGACCGCGAGAGCAUGCGCCUGCCCGGCGCGCUCGACCGGCUCGUCGCCGCCGUAGUGGCCGCGAAUCCCAACACGGCCGUCGUGAUGCAGACGGGCACCCCCGAGGAGAUGCCCUGGCUGGGCGAUGCGCGUGCGGUCGUCCAGGCCUGGUACGGCGGCAACGAGGCCGGCAACGCCAUCGCCGACGUGCUCUUCGGCGACGCCAACCCCUCGGGCAAGCUGUCCCUCAGCUUCCCCCGCCGCCUGCAGGACGUGCCCGCCUUCCUCAACUUCCGCACCGAGGCCGGCCGCACCCUCUACGGCGAGGACGUCUACGUCGGCUACCGCUACUACGAAUUCGCCGACCGCGCCGUAAACUUUCCCUUUGGGCACGGCCUCUCGUACACGACGUUUUCAUUUUCCGACCUCGAAGUCUCCUCCUCCUCCUCAACGGCCAUAAGAGCAACAAGAGCAACAACGGCAUCCGGCGCGCCCGUCCCCGAGCGCCGCAUCGCCGCCACCCUCACCGUCAGCAACACGGGCGCCCUCCCCGGCGCGGAGGUCGCGCAGCUGUACGUGCGCCCGCGCCAGGCCGCCAAGAUCAACCGCCCGGUCAAGGAGCUGCGCGGGUUCGCCAAGGCGCACCUCGCGGCGGGGGAGUCGCGGCGCGUGCGCGUCGAGGAGCUGGAGCGCUACGCGGCCGCGUACUGGGACGAGGAGCGCGACCGCUGGUGCGUCGAGGCGGGCGAGUACGAGGUCCUCGUGGCGAACACGAGCGCCGUGGAUGCGCCGCGGGCGUGCGUCGUCAGGGGCUCGUUUACCGUCCCCGAGACGUACUGGUGGUCGGGUAUCUAA